GGAAGAUUGGUUCCGGAAUCCUAUCAUCCUCUGGUACAUAUGGCAGCUGCAUCAGCGGGUGAAGUGAUAUCAUGUGUUGUAGGGGUUCCUGUAGAAGUGGUCAAACAAAGAGCCCAGGCUAAUACAAAAUUUACAAGUUCUCAAGUUUUUAGAAUGACGAUAAGACAAGAGGGAAUUCGUGGUUUGUAUAGAGGAUAUUUAAGUACAGUUAUACGAGAGAUUCCAUUGUCAUUUAUUCAAAUGCCCAUUUGGGAGAUUUUAAAAAAAUUUUGGUCAAGGAAACAGCAACGAGCAGUGAAUCCAUGGGAAUCGGCAACAUGUGGUGCUCUUUCAGGAGGAGUUGCAGCUGCCAUUACUACACCACUAGAUGUUGCCAAAACUAGAAUUAUGUUAGCGAAGCAUGGUACAAAAACUGCUACAUCUAAUAUAUUUCAAGUAAUUCAUAAUAUAGGAUACAAGGAGGGUGUUCAUGGACUAUUUGCUGGAGUUCUUGCACGAACAUUAUGGAUGAGUCUUGGUGCAUGCAUCUUUUUUGGAAUAUAUGAAAAAUCUAAAAUUAUAUUAUCGUAGCAUUAUCGGUGUAGUAUUAUUAGUAUGCCUGUGAUGAUAAAGAACAAGGAGCUUAUAUUGUUGACACUUGUGGCUGCAAUAUCUUUUAUAUAUAGUAGUUUUUAUCUGAACUUUUUUAACCUAGGAUAUAUCUUAAAAAAAUCUCCAAAUUAGU